AUGGCCGCCGCCUCCCUCCUCGAGGCCACUCGCCUCCUCUCCACCCCGCGCUCGCUCCCUCUCCCGUCCCGCCGCGGCCUCCACCCCCCGCACCUCCUCCUCAGGACCCCGCCGCGCGUCUCCGCUCUGCGCGCCCACCUCCACCGCCCCGCUGCUCAUCUCGACGCGCAGGAGCCGCCGGCGGGGAGGCCAGGCGCGCUCCUGGUCCUCGACGCGCUCAGGAGGUCCGUGCUCGACGCCCUCGCGGCGCUCAGGCGGCCCGCGCUCGCGCUCCUGCUGGCCGGCGCGCUGCUCGCCGCGUCGGCGGGUGGGCCGCACGCCGCGGCGCUGGCCGCCUCGGGCGGCCGCGUUGGCGGGUCCGCCUUCUCCUCGCGCUCCUCCUCGUCGUCUCCGUCCUACGGGUACAGCGCGCCGGCGCCCAGGGGCGGCGGGUACAGGGCCGCGCCCUUCUACUCGCCUUCGCCCUUCGUGUCCGUCGGCCCGGCCAUCGGCAUCGGCUUCGGGGGAUCGGGGUUCCUCUUCACCCUCAUUGGCUUUGCGGCUUUCCUCUACCUCGCCGGGUUCCUGUCCGACUCGUCCGGCGGUGCCAGUGUGCUCACAGAGACGGAGAAGACCACCGUCCUCAAGCUACAGGUUGGCUUGUUGGGCAUGGCACGAUCAUUUCAGAAGGAGCUUGAUCAAAUAGCUGAGAAAGCAGAUACAGCUACCCCUGCUGGGUUGAGCUAUGUGUUGACAGAGACAACAUUGGCAUUACUUCGGCAUCCGGAUUGUUGUAUCUCAGCUUACUCAUCGGUGGAUGUGAAACGAAGCAUGGAUGAUGGUGAGAAACGUUUCAAUCAGCUUUCAAUUGAGGAGAGAGGCAAGUUUGAUGAAGAGACACUUGUCAAUGUGAACAGCAUCAAGAGGAAUAAAGGAGGCAGCCAAAGAUCAAGUGGUUUUAGCAACGAGUACAUUGUGAUAACCAUAUUGGUUGCUGCUGAGGGAGUACAUAAGCUGCCGGUUAUAAAUAGCAGCAAUGACUUAAAGACAGCUCUACAAAAGAUGGGUGCCAUACCAUCAAGCAAAAUACUGGCUGUCGAGGUCCUAUGGACUCCACAAAAUGAGAAUGACACGUUGUCAGAGCGAGAGCUCCUUGAAGAUUACCCGCUCUUAAGGCCUCUGUAG